AUGGGCAUAGGCACGGAGCGGGUCUUCCACAAGCGCUUGCCGGGCGUGUAUACGACAGCGGUGGGCUACACCGGUGGCGAUACGCCCAACCCGACCUACAAGGAGGUUUGCACUGGUCUCACCAACCACAAUGAAGUCGUUCUCGUUGUUUGGGACCCGGCUAAGCUGCACUUUGUCGACGUAAUGAAGGCCUUCUGGGAGAGUCAUGACGUGACCCAGGGCAACGGACAAGGUGGGGAUGUCGGCACGCAAUACCGCUCCGGUCUCUACGUCAAUUCGGAGGAGCAGCGCGUGCUAGCUGAAGCAGCCAAGGCUGCCUACCAGCAAUAUUUGGACAAGCCCGGCAAUCGCCAGUACUGCGGGGCCCAACCCCUUGGUACGACUGCUGCGCCUUCGACGGUGUUGCCCUAA